AUGAUCAGCUUGCAGCAGCUCUCUGCUGCUCCUCUGCUUCUAUUACUACUUCUGGUAGAAGUUGUCUCAGGGCAGGUCCAGCUUGAGUCCCACUCCUUCACCCAAGCUCUGGACCAACGAGUUUUCAACAAGCGUUGGAAUGCCAUGGGCACUUGCAUCCUCGAGAAUGAUCAUAUUCUGCUGACACCAAGAACGGCUGAUAGAUUUGCUGCUCUCUGGCAUAAGUCCCCCUUGCGCACUGAUAAUUUCGAGGCUACCUUCACCCUUGAUCUCAAGAACCCUCCUGAUGGAACGGACCCUAAGCAUGAGCAAGGGUUCGCCUUCUGGUACGUUUAUGAUGAUCCUACGACUCAAUACCCGAGUGACGUGCGACACUGCAGUGAUCGCUGCGCGGCUCUUCUCGAAAAUGCUGGUCUGGGCCUGAUGGGCUAUAAGAGUAACUUCAAUGGUAUGGCGAUAUUUUUCCCCAACAACCGUUUUGUUGACGGACGGAUGGAUCUACAGCCGAGUGCUUCUCUUGCUAUGAACGACGGCUCGCUCAUCUUCAAUCGCCAAGUAGAUCUCCCAACUGGUUAUGGCUCAUUCUGGGACUACAGGAACCGCAGGUUGACGGUCCAGGUCCGAGUCCAGCCAGAAUCGGUCGUCGUGCAGGGACGUUUCUCGGAUACUGAUCCCUGGACACUACUGAUCAAUUAUCAAGUCAGUGAUCCUAACUUCCGAAUCCGGCCUAAUGGAUACAUUGGUAUUACGUCUCUGGUCGCGCCAGUUGGCGGACAGAUCAUCAACUUAGUCGACUAUGUGGCGCUUAACAGUCUCAAUGCCGUCAAUUAUGACCCUGGCCAGAAGGGAGAGGACGCUGAGGUUGUUACCGAAUCCUAUGAUGACUUGUCACAUCCCGAUCCUGUUAGAGACGAAGCUCUUGCCAGCUCACCAGAGGCCCUCGUAGCUUCGCUGGUUGACUUGAAGCUGGCUGCGUAUAAGAUCAUCACGGAGCUGGAGCCGAUGCGUUGGAGAACCGAACAAGGAAUGAAGGAGCUUCAGGCAAGUCAAGGUGGCAAUGUUGAUAUGGCCGAGCAAUUCCGAAACAUGAAGCAGGAAUUGAUGGAGAUUUCCCGCGAGGCUGCUGACUCGAGUCGAGGCAGGAAGCGCGAUCUUGAUAUGCUGGAGGAAGGACUUGCGAACAUUCAUGCGAGUCCGGGAUCGUCAUCAAUGGCAGAGGUCGAACGGAGAGCACAGAAAAUGAAGGAUGAGCUGGAAAGCUCGGGCAAUACACUACUGUGGCUGGCAAUUGUAUGUCUGAUCGCAAUUGUCAGCGUUGGCGUUGCUGUGUACCGCAAGUUCAGACAUCUGGAGAAAAGUCACCUUCUAUAA